AUGUCGUCGGCCGCCAUUCAUGCCGUCGCGCCACAGCAUUUUCAGUCCUCUCCGAAUGCCUCUCCCUCGUCUGCGCGCAGACCGCAGAGCCAAAGGCCGUCCACAGCCAGCGGUCUAUCACAUUUCGACAGCCCCUCUGCCUUAGCCGCCCGUCAAGUAUUCUCAUCUUCGACCAACGCGUCGCCCAACCAGCGAAAGAUCUCUACUGCAUAUGACUCUAUGGAACCUGCCAUGCCUCAACAAGACUACACAUCUGCUCAUCCGCACCUCAAUGCAGACAGCCCGUCACAGGCCCGCCGGAAAGAGAUGGAUCAGCCUUCAGCGCCCAGGCACAUGGUUCCAGACACUCUUCCUCGUGAAGACAGUGCUAUAUUGAGCAGGUUGGUCAUCGACGACCCGCAAGCCGACGUCGCUCGUGAAAGAGCCCGUGUCGCCGAAGCACAGCCCAUCUCCGCCAGUCACCACGAUCCCUCCAUGUCAACUAUGGAGGCCCCCGAAGAAGCUGCUGCACCCCGCCGCCGUCAGGAACACCUCAAGUCAAGUCACCCUAGAAAGGAGACCAAGUUCGGAGAGUACAUCUUGGGACAGACACUGGGUGAGGGUGAGUUCGGCAAGGUCAAGAUGGGAUGGAAGAAAGAGGGGGGAGUGCAGGUUGCCAUCAAGCUGAUUCGCCGUGAGACGCUGGGCAAUAACCCCAACCGUCUCCCCAAGAUCUACCGCGAGAUUUCGAUUUUGCGCGGACUACAGCAUCCCAAUAUUGUGCGCCUGCACGAGAUGGUUGAAACCGAAAGGCACAUCGGUAUCAUCCUCGAGUACGCAUCAGGUGGAGAACUGUUCGACUACAUCCUCAACCACCGCUAUCUUAAGGACAAUGCGGCUCGUAGAUUGUUUGCACAGCUCGUGUCUGGUGUUGGCUACUUGCAUAAGAAGGGUAUUGUCCAUCGCGACUUGAAGCUGGAGAACCUACUGCUGGACCGCAACCGUAAUAUCAUCAUCACCGAUUUUGGAUUCGCAAACACCUUCAGCCCGGAUGAUGAACUCGGCGAGGAGAUCGAGAAUCACCUGAACAACAAGGACUUCGUCUCCAAGAUGGGCUUGGAACACGUCCAAUCGACUGGUCACCGUCGUGGUGAUCUUAUGCAAACGAGCUGUGGUAGCCCGUGCUAUGCCGCGCCAGAAUUGGUUGUUAGUGACUCACUCUAUACUGGCCGCAAGGUCGAUGUUUGGAGUUGUGGUGUCAUCUUGUAUGCCAUGCUUGCAGGAUACUUGCCUUUCGAUGAUGAUCCAGCUAACCCUGAGGGCGAUAACAUCAACCUGUUGUACAAGUACAUUGUGUCGACUCCCUUGACCUUCCCCGAGUAUGUCACGCCUCACGCUCGCGAUCUCCUGCGGCGUAUUUUGGUCCCCGACCCGAGGAAGCGUGCCGAUCUGUUCGAGGUUGCUCGUCACAGCUGGCUGAGCGAGUAUGCCCAUGUUGUCGGUUUCAUAACAAGUACCACGACCACCUCUGCUGACAUUGUCGACUCUGCCAUCCCUACUGAAGACCAAUACGACGUACCAGGACUCGCCCGCAGUGCAUCAGUUAGAGAGCCAUCCAAACCCAGUCAGAUUGCUGUUGUUGGUGGUCUUAGCAACAAGAAUGCCCCCAUCACCGAGACCGAAUCCAAGACACCUCGCGAUGCUAAGCGUAGAACAGUUCAGGUCGAGUACGUUGCUCCUCAGUCUCAGACUGCAAGACAGCAGCCUAUCUCGACAUCAUUGCCAACCAGUGCUGUCUUGGCACAGCCUUCUCCAUCUUCUCAAGGCAAAUCGCGUGCAAGAGGAGACAGCGCCUCUGGUCCUGUGGCUGUCAAUUCUGGAUCAUACGAACCUACACCCAGUGCUCAACGCUCUCAGCAACGACCAGCUACUCAAUCUGCUAUGUCACCCCCUGUUCGUCCCAAUCGCGAGCCUCCAAGAGCAGUUACCGACUCGACUCCCUUCAAUGUUGGCUCUCCUACUUCGAGCGCUCGGCCCACCACCAGUGGCUCGAGAUUGCCAUCGCGUGGCAACUCGUAUGGCCAACCUGCUUUGGCGACUGUUGCUGCCACCAACGCUGAAGGCCGCUUCUCGCAACCCAAACCUUCUAGCUCUGGAUACAUCAUGUCUGGUCAGAACUCACAGGAUGGUUCAAAGAGAAACUCAUACACAGGAAGGCCAGUCAGCCAACAUCUGCCUGCCGACGUCCAGGUUGCUCCUCAGCAGCCUGCAGAAAGACCUGUUCGUGGACAUAAACGUUCUAACACGAUGGAAAGUUUCACUACAAAACUGUUCGGCCGCACAAACUCUCGUCGUCAAUCAGCAACUCCCCAGGAAAUUGCCAACGCUCGUCCGGAGCGUGAGAAGUCUUCGCGCAUGUAUCCUCCCGUCAGCAUGAAGAACACGAUGCCUCAUUCUGGCGAGGAUCUGCCCCGUCCUUCGACCGAAUCGUCCCGUCGCUCCUUCGGCUAUAACCGCAAGAACAGCGAAAAUGCCGGACCUCGGUCAUCAAGAAGAUUCUCCUUCUUGCCCAUGUCUUUCUCCAGAAUGAGCUUCUCUGGCGCAUCUGGACCUGAAGCUGCCGACGGUGGUAGACGUGCUUCCGUCCAAGCCAAUGCUCGCAGUCGUCCUGCUUCUAAGCAAUCACCUGUCAUGGCAUUCGGUCAAGGAAGAAGUCGCUCCCCUAGCCAAAGUACUACCGGCAGCAGUAUUCCUGUGGUUCCGGAUAGCAAUGUUGAUGGCCGUCGUAAGAUGCCUCAUCAACCCGUACGCGGCGCAACUGCGCCUGAUCUCACCAAGAUGCAAGACCCUGGUUUCUCUCAGCAGCAGCAAUUUGCUAGACAACUACAAGAGCAGCAGUACAAUAACUACACCCCUCCUCAGAGCAGCGCUGGUCGACCGAGACAGGAUAACUAUUACACGCCUUCUCAAUCCGCAGAGUCGCAGGCAUCCGAUUCUAUUGCCCAAACACCGCGACAGAAAUACCCGGCCGGUUUCAAUGAGACCGAGCCAGUCGUUUCUAAGCCUCAACAUCGCCAACAAGCAGUGCUGCAGAAGAACCGCAAAUUCGGCGAUGCGUACGAAGGCCACGGAAACGGUGGCAGCAGUGGUGGUGCUCGACGAGUGAUGGACUGGUUCCGUAAGAGAGGCAAAGACAGAAGCAACUAG